CAGCAGAGGGACCGGAGGAGGACAGGUGGAGAAGGCACGGUUCUGCUGUGCGCUGUGUCCGGCUCACUGGCCGCCGUUUCCAGAUCACAAUGAGCCACUACGGGUCAAACCAGGCGCUCUACUCGGGCCGGAGGGCCAGCUCGAGGAGCAACCUCGCCGGCGGGAUGACCUACCAUUACGCGCGGAGCGAUGUGGCGCAAGGAGGCGGUACGGGAGUCGAGCCCGUACUGGAAGGAUUUAAUAGAUCGGCGACGUUUUCGAGGGCGACGAUGUCGAAGGGUAGCAGGAUGAUGAGCAACACCAUGGGGAGCGCCACGAUGGGUGGAAUGAGUGGCUUCAUGCCCAACCCGUCGAGAGCCGCACAGCUGCAGACUCUCUGCAAGGAGUACCUGCAGAAGGCCGACUACGCCAUUCAGACCGGCUCUGGUGAUGCAGAGGAAUACAUGAUGAUGGCAAAAGAAUCCAUUGAGAGGUUGAAAUCCUUUGCAAUGGAGAUGAGUCAAAUGGGACAACCCACUGACAAUGUAGUCAGGAGCGUGGAGCACUAUCAAGACCAGCUGAGAGGGGUCCACAUGGCCAUAUCCGGCACCGCGCUGAGGAGGAGGAGCACCAGAAAGAGCUCUGGAGGCUGGGAAGAGGCUGGAAGGAGCUACCAAGAUGCUGUUGCUUGGAUCCAUCAGCAAAAGCGUUUGAUUGAAACAACUGCUUUGGCUGACGACCCUCCAUCCAUUGAACAGCAGCUCAUUCACCACCAGAGGUUUCACGCUUCCCUGCAGGGGUCUCCCGAGAUGAUCCGAGCCCGAGAAGACCUGAUGAAGUGUCGAGACAAACCCAACCAGCAUGCCCUUGAGCAGGAGUGGGAGAAUUUACAGAAAAUGUCAAAUUUGUGGACUGGGCAGCUGCAAGAGCUGAUCCAAAUACUUCAGCAGAUAACCAAUGAGAUCAUAUGGGUGAACAGUAAAGAGGAAGAGGAGCUGAUGUUUGACUGGGGAGACAAAAAUGUAGAACAGUACAUCCCCAAGAAGCAGGAGAGCUACUCGAAACUGAUGAGUGCCUUGGAGGCAAAAGACAAGGAGCUGCAUAAACUUAAGGCUAAAGUGAAAACGCUUCUGAACAACAACCACCCAGGAUCUGACAAGAUAGAGGCUUACAUGGACACUUUGCAGACUCAGUGGAGCUGGCUUCUUCAGAUAACAAAAUGCAUUGAUACCCAUCUGAAGGAGAAUGCAGCAUAUAGCCAGUUCUUCAAAGAGGCAAAUGACACAUACAAGAAUUUGCAAAAGGAACAUGAGAACAUCCGAAAGAUGUUCACUUGUGACAAGAACACCCCGCUGGAAGACCUUCAGGAGCUCCUUAAAGGCCUGGAGAUGGAGAGGGAAAACAUCAUGGACAACAAGCGGCAGGUGAAACACUUGACCGCCAAGUCAAAAAGUAUUGUGAGGUUGAAACCCCGAAACCCAGAGGAGAGGAACAGCAGUGGCAUCAUCGUUAAGGCUCUGACUGACUUCAGAGAAGACCAGAAAGCUAUCCUUAAAGACAACGAGGCCAUUCUGAAAGACAACAGUCAGCGCAGUAAAUGGCUGGUAACCGGCCCAGGAGGGAUCGACAUGUUGAUUCCCUCCGUGUGCCUGAUUGUACCACCACCUAAUCCACUGAGCAUCAGCCUCGCCAACAAGAACGAGCAGUAUUUCGAUUCCAUCAUGUCCAUYUGGAAUCAGCUGUACAUCAACGUCAAGAGUCUCAUCUCCUGGCACUACUGUCUCAGAGAAAUCAAUUAUGUCAACUCCCUCACCAUCUCUAUGUUGUCCGAGAUGCGUCCUGAGGAGUACCGUCAAAUCAUGAAGAAGCUGGAGACCUUCUAUGAGGAGUUCAAAAUUAGCAGCCAUGGCUCGGAGAUGUUUGUUGAUGAAGACAAGAAGAGCAUUGAGAGCCAGGUUACUGUGGCUCAGGCCCACUAUGACAAGCUAGUGGUAGAGCUGCCCACAUUCACUGGACAUCAGGAACAAAUAGAAGUACAGCAAAUACCUGAGCAACAAAUUCAGGUUGCUCAGCCACAGCUGAUCAUAAUACAACAACAACAACCCCAACAACGUCAACUACUACUACUUCAACAACAGGAACAGCAGCGACAGCAACAAGUACUUCUGCUACAACAGCAGCAAGAAAAACAACAGCAACUACUUCUACUACAGCAGCAGCAAGAAAAACAGCAACAACUACUACUGCAGCAACAGGAGCGAGAAAAACAGCAACAACUACUACUGCARMAACARSAGCRASAAGCCGCAGCAGAGGAGGAGGCCAGAAGGCUGGAGGAAGAAAGACGUCAAGCAGAGCUUAAAAGGCAGGCAAAGAAAGAAGCGGCAGAGAAGGAGCAAGUGAUCAAGAAGGAAGUGGUGAAAGUAGCAAAAAUGGAGCAAAGGAGAAAAGUUUCCUCCUCCUCCUCUUCUGCRUUCUCCUCGGGAUCUCGUCUUUUAUCCGAGCUGCAUGGCCUCAGACUGAGGAUGGACACUGCUGAGGGCUCACUCAGUCAGUAUGUUCAUAUUUGUUUUGGAGAUGACGGGGCUGCAGACUGUGGUGCAAAGAUCACUCAGCUUGAGUCAAUACAGGACGAUGUCUCCUCAAUGCGUGAAGAGUAUACACAUUUAAGAGAGCGCAUCUUGAAGGAGAUGGAAACCACUAACGAUUUAGAUAAAGCACAGUUCCUCCGCAAUGAGAUCGCAGUGAUGAGCCAGAAACUGGGCAAUCUGGAGAGCAGCUCAUCUGCUUAUGUACUAAGGCUGCAGGCUCUAAGGGUCAUGCUGGAGAGCGUAGCACGAGCUGAGGACAUUGUCAAAGUUCAUGAAGCAAGACUAACAGAAAAAGAGACCACUUCUCUAUCUCCAGCUGAAGUUGGUGCAUACAUAGAGGCCCUGAAGAAUAUGAAAGCAGAGCUGAUGCAGAAACAAGAUGUUCUGACCUCUAUGGAGUCAGAGCUGUCUAAGGCGAGCCACUGGAACAGUCAGAUGGGCGGCUCCUUCCACAGGUGUGACCUGAUGCUGUCAAAGUUCACCGAGCAGGUGGGCUUGCUCUCCGACCGCUGGAGACGGAUCCAGAAACAGAUUGACAUCAGGCUGCAGGAUUUGCAGCUGUAUCUGCCUCAAUUACAGCACUACCAGCAAGUCUACACUUCUUUCACUGAGUGGAUAGAGGCCACGCGUAAAAAACAGGACGCACUACAGGCAACCAAGAUAGAGAACGUUCAAGCAGUAAAAGACCACAUUACCAACCAAAAGGUCCUGAACACAGAAAUUAAGGCAAAGCGUGAGACACUAGACAGUGUACUGCAAAACAUACACACAUGUGUGAAUACGGUCAAGGACUAUGAAACAGACCUCGCCUCUUACACCUCUGGGUUGGAAACAUUGCUCAACGUCCCCAUCAAGAGGACAAUGCUUCAGUCACCAUCGAUGGAUCUUAACAAAGAGGCAAUACAUCUUCAAACUCGUUACACGGAGCUGCUUAUUCUGUCUGGUGACUACUACAAAUUCCUGGGACAGUUGGAAAAAAACAUGGAGGAGCUUAAGAUGCGAAACACCCAGAUAAAUAUGCUUGGAGAUCAACUUGGCUCUCUGAGAGAAGAAAUGGAAGCAUGCAAUGCCAAAAACAAAUCACUGGAAGAGGCUGUUGCUCAGUUCAAGCUGCAGCUGUCUCAAUCGCAAGAGCAGUUGCUGUCAGUGGAAGAGAUAAAGCAAAAAACUGUGAUGCAGUGCAGUGCCACCAAGGACAGCUUAGAUUCCACUCAGGGCGAGCUGGCUAAGCUCAAAAGUGAGGUUCAACGCCUCGAGUACAAACUUGAUGACGAGAGAAGGAAGGCAAAGCUGGCUGAGGAGGGCUACGACAGACAGAAAAACGAGUGGGAGUCUGUACUGAACCAGAGGCAGAAAGAGCUGGACACGGUCUGCAGGUCCAAGAAGGAUGUGGAAGACAGUUUAGCAAAUAAGGAGCAUGAGAUUCAGCAGCUGCUCCAGAAGCUGGCUAAUGAAUCAACAAGGUUGAUGGAUCUUCAAAAAGAGAUGUCAAAGACACACACAUCGUUACAGUCCCUUCAGUCCAAGUACAGUGAGAUUGUAAGUGAAAAAGAUUCUUUGUCACUGAAAUUGCAACGGUUUGAAUUUGACAAAGAGCAAAUGCUAAGACUACAAGAAGAAGUGAACCACAUGAAACAUUCCCACGAGUUAGAGCUUCGCAACAAGCAACGUCUACAAGAGGACAUCGAGAGGGGGAAGAGAGAUUUGAAUUUUUGGAAGGAUCAAUGUGAAAGCAAACAAAGUUUGAUAAGGCAGUAUGACACUGACAAGGAUAUUCUCGAGAGGGAUAAGAAAUCCUUUAAAAGUGAGAUAGAGAGGUUGAUGAAAGAACACAGGGAACUUGAGGAGAAAUAUAAGAGUAGACUAUCAGUCCUCCAAAAACAACUGCAAGAUGGGACAAUUGUUAGACAGACCAUGGAGACUGAGCUAAAGCAAACUAGAGAGCCUCCAACCCCAGAUGCCUCCUCUGUGGUUUUUGAUGGAGUCCGCAAGCCAGUCACUGCAAAGCAAUUACUUGACUCAGGAGUUUUAGACAAAUCAACAUAUAACCAGCUUCUGAAAGGACAUAAGACAGUUCCAGAAGUGUCUACUGAGAAAAAAGUUCCUCUUAAAGGCACAGGGCCAAUAGCUGGAGUGAUAAUUGAAAGUCCAAAAGGUCCAGGGUCUAGCAAUAAGCCACUUUGCAAACUGACAUUUACUGAAGCCAAGAAAGAAAAUCUUCUUCCAUCAGAUAGCAUUGACUUACUUCUCGAUGCACAAGCUGCUACAGGGCACAUCAUUGACCCAAGAACCAAUCAGAAGUUAACAGUGACAGAAGCAUAUAAUCAAGGAGUUAUUGAUGAUGAGGACAAAGAGAGGUUACUUGCAGCAGAAGCGGCAGCUGUUGGAUACGCUGGGCCUGGCAAAAACAAACCACUAUCAGUGUUUCAGGCAAUGAAACAGGGAGUUAUUGACAAAAAUACAGCACUGCGUCUGUUACAAGCCCAGGAGUCUGUUGGGGGCAUUUUGGAUCCUAUACUUAGUGUGUUCCUCCCUAGAGACGUUGCCACUGAGCGUAACCUUAUUGAUGAAAGCAUGUGUAAUGCUCUGAAUCAGAGCCCAGAGCUCUAUCUAGACCCAGAAACUGAAGAAGGUGUGACCUAUAUGGCAAUGAAAAGAAGAUGUAAAAUAGAGCCACAUACAGGUCUUUGGCUUCUCCCGAUUCCUGAGAAAGUGGAUCCUUCUAACCUUGUAUUUGAUGGCGUUCGGAAACCUGUUACUGCCAAGCAUCUGUUUGAUUGUCAUGUUCUUGACAAGCCAACAUUUAAAGCUCUUAAAAAUGGAAAGAAAACAAUACCUGAGGUUUCUGAAGACAAAACUGUUAAUUUAAAGGGCACUGGGCCAAUAGCAGGUGUUAUAGUAAGCGGUCAGCGUAAAAUGUCUCUAACUGAAGCAAAAAAACAAAUGCUACUGUCCGAUGAAUGCGCGGAUUUGCUACUUGACGCACAGGCUGCUACUGGUCACAUAAUUGACCCAAAGGCUAACAAAAAGUUGACUGUUGAAGAGGCUUGUUCAAAGGGAGUAGUGGACAUUAAUGACCUGGACAGAUUAUUGGCAUCAGAAGCUGCAGCAAUUGGUUAUAAGGAUCCUAAUAAACCCAAACCUAUUUCAGUUUUUCAGCUCAUGAAAAAGGGACUUAUAGAGGAAAAGACUGGAAUACGACUUCUGCAGGCUCAAGAGUCAGUUGGAGGAAUCCUAGAUCCUGAUUUUAGUGUAUUCCUACCAAGAGAUACAGCAAUUAAACGCAAUCUUUUAGAUAAAAAUCUCUGUCAAGCUCUAAACGAGAAGCCUGAAUAUUAUGUUGACCCUAAAACAGAGCAACAUGUCAGCUAUCAAGCACUGAAAGAAGGUUGCAAGAUAGAACCACAUACAGGUUUGUUACUUUUACCUAUCCCUGAAAAGUUAGAUCCUUCAAAACUGAUCUUUGAUGGUGUAAGAAAGCCUGUAACAGCAAAGCAGUUAUUUGAUUGUGGGGUACUGGACAAACCAACUUUGAACGAACUAAUGAAGGGAGACAAAACUGUUCCAGAAGUAUCUGCAGAAAAAAAGAUACCCCUAAAAGGAACAGGAUCCAUUGCUGGUGUCACAAUUGGGUCUUUAGGAAAAAUGAAUAUUUCAGAGGUAAAGAAGCAGAUGCUUAUGUCCCCAGAGAGUGCAGAUUUGCUUCUGGAAGCCCAGGCUGCCACAGGUCACAUCAUUGACCCAAUGACCAAUCAGAAAUUGACAGUAGAAGAGGCUUGUGCAAGGGGAGUGGUGGACAGAAGUAUUCGAGAUAAACUCUUAGCAGCAGAAGCUGCUGCUGUUGGAUUCAAGGAUCCUCACACUGGAAAAUCUCUAUCAGUGUUUGAGGCAAUGAAGAAAGCAUUAAUCGACAAAAAGACAGGAGUGCGUUUGCUGCAGGCCCAGGAAUCUGCAGGGGGUAUUCUUGAUCCAAAUCUCAGUGUUUUCCUAUCAAAAGAAACUGCUGUGAAAUGCAGUCUUUUGGACCAAGACCUUGUUCAUGCACUCACUCAGAACCCUCAGUGUUAUAUUGACCCAGACACAGAGCAUGGUGUUAGCUACAGUGCUUUAAAGAAAAAAUGCCCAAUAGAACCUCGAACUGGGCUGGUGCUUCUUCCUGUUGCUCAGAAGAAAGAUCCUUCCAAACUCAUGUUUGAUGGCGUUCGCAAGCCAGUCUCUGCGCAGCAGUUGUUGGAUUGUGGUGUUCUUGACAAACCAACAUUUGAGAAGUUGAUCAAAGGGGAGAAAACUGUCCCAGAGGUUUCUGUAGACAAAAAACUAUUUCUAAAAGGAACAGAGUCUAUUGCUGGUGUCAAAGUUGGAUCUUUAGGAAAAAUGUCCAUUUCAGAGGCCAAGAAAAAGAUGCUAAUGCUUCCAGAAAGUGCAGAUUUGCUGCUGGAAGCCCAGGCUGCCACAGGUCACAUCAUUGAUCCAAUAACCAAUCAGAAAUUGACAGUAGAAGAGGCUUGUGCAAGGGGAGUGGUGGACAGAAGUAUUCGAGACAAACUCUUAGCAGCAGAAUCUGCUGCUGUUGGAUUCAAGGAUCCUCACACUGGAAAAUCUCUAUCAGCAUUUGAGGCGAUGAAGAAGGCAAUAAUUGACAAAAAAACAGCAGUGCGUUUGCUACAAGCCCAGGAAUCUGCCGGGGGCAUUCUUGAUCCAAAUCUCAGUGUUUUCCUGCCAAAAGACACAGCCAAGACGCGCAACCUUUUGGAUGAAGACCUUGUUCUUUCACUUAAACAGAAUCCUGAAUGUUACAUUGACCCAGAAACAGAGCAUGGUGCAAGCUAUGGGUCUUUAAAGAAAAAAUGCCCAACAGAGCCUCGAACUGGUUUGAUGCUUCUUUCUCUUGCUGAAAAGAAAGAUCCCUCCAAACUGAUGUUUGAUGGCUUACGCAAGCCAGUUUCAGCACAGCAGUUGUUGGAUUGUGGUGUUCUUGACCAAUCAACUUUUAACAUGUUGAUCAAAGGAGAGAAAACUAUCCCAGAGGUAUCUGCAGAUAAGAAGGUUAAUCUUAAAGGGACUGGUUCCAUUGCUGGUGUAAUUAGUAGCACUCAAGGCAAUAUUUCAUUUUCAGAAGCUAAGAAACUGAAGAUCAUAUCAGAAGACAGUGCAAAUUUACUGUUAGAGGCCCAGGCUGCCACAGGACACAUCAUUGACCCUAAAACAGAGCAGAAAUUGACUGUAGAGGUGGCAUGUAUCAGAGGAGUGGCAGAUUUUAAAGACCAAAGUAGGCUGUUAGCAGCUGAAAGUGCUGCUAUUGGCUUUAAAGAUCCCAGUUCAGGAAAGUUAAUGUCAUUGUUUGAGGCCAUGAAAAAAGGUUUAAUUGGUGAGACAACUGGCCUAAAUCUUUUACAAGCCCAAGAUUCAGUUGGAGGAAUUUUAGACCCCAAUCUUAGUGUAUUUCUACCUAAAGAUGUAGCUUUAAAGCGAAACCUGUUAGAUGAAAAACUAAUUCAUGCUCUUAAACAGAAUCCUCCUUGUUAUCUUGACCCAGAAACUGAACAGAAUGUCAGCUAUGGGGCUCUCAAGGCAAAAUGUAAUACAAACACUCACACUGGUUUACAUAUUUUGCCAAUGUCAGGGAAGCUUGACCCCUCCAAAUUAUUUUUUGAUGGUGUCCACAAGACAGUCACAGCACAGCAGCUACUAGAUUGUGGAGUUCUGGACAAACAAACAUUUGACCAACUAACAAAAGGGAAGAGAACUGUUUCAGAGGUUUCUGUAGAUAUUAAAAUGUUUUUAAAAGGGACAGGAUUAAUUGCUGGUGUAGCUGCUGGGCCUCUUGGACAAAUGUCCUUCACAGAAGCAAAAAAACAGAAAAUCAUGUCAUCUGACAGUGCUAACAAACUUCUUCUUGCCCAGGCAGCUACAGGUUACAUCAUUGACCCCAGGACAAAUAAGAAACAUACAGUAAAAGAAGCAUGUGCCAGAGGACUAGUAGACAAAGAAAAUGAAUCAAUAUUGUUUUCAGCUGAAACUGCUGCUAUCGGGUAUCAAGAUCCAGAUACUGCCAAAUUUCUGUCAGCUGGCCAAGCCAUGAGAAAGGGAAUAAUUAACAAAGACACUGCACUACAGCUCCUUCAGGCUCAGGACUCGGUUGGUGGAAUUUUGGACCCCAGUGUCAGUGUUUUCCUACCCAAAGAUAUUGCAAAGAAACGAGGUCUUAUUGAUGAGGACCUCUAUCAGGCACUGAAUAAGUCUCCCAAGUGCUAUCUAGACCCAGAUACUCAACAACCAACUACAUAUGCAUCACUGAAGACAAAAUGUAAAUCUGAUCCCAGCACUGGACUUUUGCUUCUCCCCAAACCUAAACAAUCAACUAUAAGGGGACUUCGAAACGAGGUGUCUGUCAUAGAGCUGGUUGAAGCAAAGCUGUUAAGCAAAUCAGAUGUGGACCAGCUGAACGCAGGCAAACUUACAACCCAAGACAUUGAGGAUCGCCUUAGGUCAUACUUGCGAGGUUCCACUUGCAUAGCAGGAGUUUAUGAUGAAGCCAGUAAGAAAGUCCUAUCAAUCUAUCAAGCUAUGAAAAAUGGACUUCUGCGACCUGGCACCACUCUAGAACUACUUGAAGCCCAAGCUGCAUCAGGUUUUAUGAUUGAUCCUGUCAAUAAUCUCUUUCUGACUGUUGCUGAAGCCUACAAUAAAAGGCUUUUUGGGCCAGAAUUUAAGGAAAAACUGCUUUCAGCAGAAAAGGCUGUUACCGGUUACAAAAUGCCUGUAACAGGUGAGAUAAUCUCCCUCUUUCAGGCCAUAGAGAAUUCUCUAGUGGAGAAGGGUCAUGGCAUUCGUCUGCUGGAGGCACAGAUUGCCAGCGGAGGCAUCAUUGAUCCCCAACACAGCCACCGUAUUGAUGUGAAUAUUGCAUAUAAAAGAGGCUAUUUUAAUGAAGAAAUGAAUAAGAUCCUGACUGACGAAAGUGAUGACACUAAAGGUUUCUUUGAUCCCAACACAGAGGAAAACCUGACCUAUCUGGAACUUAAAAAACGUUGUAUCUCAGAUGAGAACACUGGGCUUAUUCUGUUGCCAAUCAUAGACAAGAAGAAGCAGGAGUCAAGCAAAAAGAACACAGUAAGAAAGAGGAGAGUGAUAAUUGUGGAUCCAGAGACUGGUAAAGAGAUGACAGUACGUGAAGCAUACAACAAAGACUAUAUUGACUAUAACACCUACCUGGAGCUGUCAGAGCAGGAAUGUGAGUGGGAAGAGAUUACCAUCACCGCUCCAGAUGGCUCCAUGCGGUUUGUUAUCAAUGACAGGUCAACUGGAAGACAAUAUGACAUCAAUGACCUGCUAGAAAAGCGAGUCAUUGAUCAGUCUGUUGUAGAGCAGUAUCGCUCACAAGCUAUCACCAUCACUCAAUUUGCACAUAUCAUCAGUAAUCGGGCUACACACAAGUCAUCAUCUUCAUCAUCAUCAACUGGAUCAUCAUUAAACUUCAUCCCAGAACCAUCAGGAAGAUCAUCAGUUACAUCAUCAUCGUCAUCAAUGCUAUCCACUUCAGGAACUUCAGCUUCUUUAAGCUCAUCUUCAGUAACAUCAUCAACCUCAAAAACAUCAGUAGUCCCUGUUCCAUCGAUUACAUCAUCUUCCUCAUCCUCUUCUUCAUCAACUGUUGUAUCGAGGCCGUUAUCUCCUACAGUCACCAAAACAACUACGACAAAAACUACCACAAUCAUAGAGAAACGCUCAUCAUCCAGCGUUGUCGCUGAAAAAUGUUCAGACUCCCUGGAGCAGGGAUCCCAUGUAUCGAUCACUCUGUCCCCUCCUCUUGAACCAGUUGGCGAGGUGGAGCCUGUAGGAGCCAUUUUUGACACAGAGGCACUAGAGAAGAUUUCUAUCACAGAGGCUUUAAAUCGAGGUCUAGUAGAUUCUAUCACAGCCCAGAGAUUGCUUGAGGCCCAAGCUUGCACUGGAGGAAUUGUGAAUCCCACAGAUGGCAAGAGGGUCAGCGUACAAGAGGCUUCUCAAAUGGGUUUAAUAGCUAAUGACAUGGUCACUAAACUAAAACCUGCCCAGAAAGCCUAUUUUGGUUUUGAGGAUUUAAAAUCCAAAAAGAAGUUGUCAGCUGCUCUGGCCAUAAAGGAAAUGUGGCUACCAUAUGAGGCAGGGCAGAGAUUUCUGGAGUUCCAGAUUGCAACAGGUGGGCUUUAUGACCCAGAAAAGGGCUGUAGAAGAAGCAUUGAGGAUGCUUUGAAAAUGGAUUGGGUGGAUCAAAGAACGGCACAAAAGCUCCAGGAUGUCAAAAAACAUACAAAAAAUUUGACAUGUCCCAAAAGCAAACUUCGAAUUUCUUACAAAGAAAUCCUUGAUAACUGUCUAGUUGAAGAGGGCACUGGGGUGAAAAUGCUUCAGGCAUCAUCUGUAUCCUCUAGAGGUAUCAGCAGUCCAUACAAUGUUGCUUCAGCCCCGGGAUCCAAGACAGGAUCCAGAAGCGGUUCACAAAGGGGCUCCCGCAGAAGCAGUUUGGAUCUGGGUUCAUCAUUAACACAACAUAAUCUUACUAGCUUUACCAGCUUUUCCUCUACCAGAUAAAUCCAUAAAAUGCAAAGGCUUUUACAUUUAUCCACUUUUCUUGCAAAUUAAGUAAUCGUUCUUACAAUACUGUCAGUGUGUGGGGAUUUACUAAAUAUUUUCUUUCUGUGCAGUAGAAAUGUUUUUCGUUCUYUUUUUUUGCAUUUGGUUUUACUUUGUUUUUGGCGCUUCAAGUAAAAGAUAUGAAGAACACUUACAGAACAGAUUUAUGACAAUCAAGAAAAGUAUUAUUAACAGCCACCUUAAGGUAUUUGGAGAGGAAAUACAUGUGUUAUGAUUAUCAUUGGUAUCCUUAAAAAAAAUCUUAAUUAUUGCCAUAUUUGUUUUUGCAUGCUCUGUUUCAAAAAUAUUAUUUUCCAAAGUUUCAUGGAAUAUGGCUCUCAAUAUGGCUCUUUCAUGGACUAUCCUCUCAAUUUGAAUAAUUACUAUAAUCAGCUUUUGUUUCAUGAAUCAUUGAAAUAUGAUGUAUGUUUGUUUUCUGGGGUAUAAGUUUGUUGACAUUAUUGGUUUAAUGGUUUUAUUUUACUGAGCAAUUUUUUUAAAGGAAUCUGUUUUCUGAUUAGUACGAUAUAUACGCUGUUUAAUUUGUUACCAUCAUUUAUUAAAGAAGAGUUUGUACUCGUGUGGAUUUGAAACCA